UUCUUCACCCCUUUGGGUUGAGGAAAGGGCAUAAAAAUGGAUACCAAAAGUGAAUAUUGCUGUUGCAAGAUCAUCAAGAACCACACAAAAAUCAAUGGCUUCAAAUGCAAAUGCAAUGAGUCCUUCAAACCUUCCUCCUCCUCCUCCUCGGGUGCCGGGGCGUUUCGAAGGAGACUAAACUCGAGUCGAGAUGAUGAAUCGAGACAGGAAAUAAUGGCUCUCUGGCCAUCGCCGUCUCCGAAGAGAAACCUCUCGUCUGCCUCCUCCGACGGUCGGCGGACGAAGCGUGCUCUCCUCUGUGGAGUGACCUACAAGAACUGGAAACAUAGGCUACAUGGGACUGUGAAUGAUGUUCUUAAUAUGCAAGAUUUGUUGAUCAAUCAUUUUGGAUAUUCCAAGCAAAACAUUCGUAUUCUUACAGAGGACGAAGCAAUGCCAGAGCGACUACCAACAAAGAAGAACAUCCAAAGCAGUCUAAAAUGGCUAGUGGAAGGUUGCACUGACGGCGAAAGCCUCGUAUUCUACUUCUCCGGCCAUGGAUUACGACAGCCAGAUUUCGAGAUGGACGAGCUCGAUGGCUACGACGAGACCAUAUGUCCUGUUGACUUCAUGGAGGAAGGGAUGAUAAGCGACAAUGAGAUCAAUGCCACCAUUGUUUCCCCUCUAAAGAAGGGUGUCGUCCUCCACGCCAUUGUCGAUGCCUGUCAUAGCGGAACAAUUCUCGAUCUCGCCUAUGUUUACGACCUCAACAGGGAUGAUUGGCUGGACAAUAGACCGCCGUCGGGAGCAAGGAAGGCGACUAGUGGUGGACUGGCAAUUUCUUUGAGUGCUUGUGGAGAUGAUCAAUUUGCUGCUGAUACUUCUAUAUUAACAGGAAAGUCAAUGAAUGGAGCAAUGACAUUCAUUAUGAUUCAUUUGGUCAAGACUUUUGCAAACUUGACGUACGGACGCUUGCUUGAGUACAUGCAAGAUGCUGUUCAAAGGGCCAACAAACAAGGCUGUUUCUCAUGUUCUUUUUUCAGAAAAUUGCUUCGAUAUAAACAAAUUCAGGAACCCCAACUCUCAUCAUCAGAGGUGUUCGAUGUACACAAGAAAAUAUUUACAUUGUAAUUGAAUUUCUUUUGGUGUUUCCUACUAAAUCUAAAUGUAAAUUCCAAAACAAUAAUUUGAAAUUGUUUAGAGAGAAAAGUUAACUCUCUCAAAGGUCAGAGUAUUUACUUUUUACAUUGUAACUGCAUUUCUUUCGGUUUUACUUUUUCUUUCCAAAUAAUGAGCACAAGUAACUAUCCCUUCAUCAAGUUGUGAAAGGAGAUGUUUAACUAA